UAUAUUUCACAAUACACUUUCAGUUAUACAGAGGGCAUCAAAAUUAAGUGUGACGAUGCAGAAAUAAACGCAAGCCUUUACAACAAUAGAGCAGCCUCACACUGGUAUCUCAAGAAUUACAGAUCAGCCCUAUACGACAGCGAGAAAGCCCUGUCUUUCAAACCAGAACACAUCAAAGCUCGGGUCAGAGCAGCCACGACAGCGCUACAAAUAAGUAACUUCGAUACAUGUAUUCAACAUUGUCAAAAACUACUUGAAACACAAACGAAGAACAAAGACAUAAUUGAGCUACUAAAUAAAGCAAAAAAGCAGAAAAUGAUUCAAGAGAGGGAUGAACGAAGAAAACAAAAGAUUGAUGCGAAGAAUAAUGAGCAGAGAGAGGGAGUGGUAAAUGCGAUAAUCGAGCGUGGUAUAAGGAUAUCCAAUUGCGAAGAUGAAGAUGAUAUCGAUUUAUCGAAAUUGGAGCCGAGUUUACCAGGAGCCCAAGAUUCGAUCGUUCACAUUGAGGACGGUAUUUUAAAGUGGCCAGUACUAUUCUUAUACCCUGAAUAUCAGAUGACUGAUUUUAUUAAAGCAUGUCCAGAGGAUGUACCGUUAUUGAAUCAAUUGGAACAGGUAUUUCCGGCACCGUGGGAUGAAGAAAAUAAAUACAGUUGUGAUACAGUAAAUGUGUAUUUUGAAGGAUAUGACAAAAUGCCUCACGUGAUUGACGCUAAGAAAAAAUUGGGUGACUUAUUAGUAACGAAGUACUUUGAACUGAAAGCAGGUACGCCAGCGUUUUUCAUAUUGCCACGUGGUAGUCAAAUAGAGAGUAGAUUUUUAGAAAGCUAUAUUUAGUUGUGGUAUUUUGAUAUCUAUAUGUUUAUUAUGUAAAAAUACUUAUUACAUUCUAAUUACAUGAAUCUGUGUAUACUUUUAAUAAAAUGAUAUUUAUUUCAA